AUGACACCCAAAGUAGCAAAUGACGUGCUCGACACCACGCUUGCGACUUUGCAAUCGCUCAUCAAGCGUUGCAUCCACUUAAAACAGGGCGAUCCAGAAGCUCUGAAGCUAUCGGAUGAAAUUGCUAGACACGUUGCAAAAGACUUGAGGCUUUAUGGGGGAAGUGCAACAUCAUUCUCCCCCCAGCUCUUGUCCUGUGCAACCAUUGUGCGUCAAUACUCCAAGGGUGGUGCUUUUGAGAGUUUGCCCGACUGGAACUCCAUGGUCGAUGAUGAUCCACGCAUCAAGAGCCAUCCACACUUCCACAAAACAUUGGACUACCGUCCUCUCACUGCAGUUGGAACUCUUCCUAUUUUGAAGGUUCGAGCUACCGGGUCGUCAUCUAUAAUUAAGCCUCUCACUGUUCCUGCUGCCGUCCAUCCUUUCAUAAAACAAGCUCCCACACUGGAAGCCAACUUGGCACCGCUCUCCCUGUUGCCGGCCUCUCUGGAGCUGGAACCAUUGACUCCUCUUGCUCCAUCAGUCGCUUCUGCUACACCUGCAACAACGAAGUACAAGCUCUUCAUGCCAGGCAAUAUGUCGAACAAGGUCAAGGUUACUCCGCACCCUACGAAUGACAAGAAGAGAAAGGCUGAAGAAGAUGAUACCGAUUCGGCGGACGCUCCCAGGUCCCCAUCUAGAUCGCGCAAGCAGAAUCUGAAAAAAAUCAAGAAGUCAUCGAAGAAUGGAACUACAAAGGAAACAUUGUUGUCAGCGGUAUCUGAAAAGGUAUUAGACCCGGAAGCUCAGGACGCGAUUGACACGGCCUCUGAUGAUAGUUUCUGGGAUGCAGAAACUAGGCCUCGUGAUUGGGGUCUAGAUUCAACGAUUGCCACAGAAGUGGAGGGUGUCCGGGACAGGUUGCAGGCUGAAGCCAAAGCAAAGGCAGUGGCACGAGUAGCCGAACCUCCCAAGCGCUCCCGGUCACGUGUCCCCAAGGUCCGAGCAGUCAACAAGAUGCUCAAAAAAGCUUCACCGGCUGCACCGAGCAUUCCGGCAGUACCUUCAGCUGCUGAUGUUAUGGAAGAUAUUGUCAAACAUGGCAGUGAGCACAGGACCCUCCAAAAGGCUGUACCGAGCAUUCCGGCAGUGCCUUCGUCCUCCCAUGUUAUGGAAGAUAUUGUUGAACAUGGUAUGGCUCCUGCCGAAGCGACACUGUCCCCACCAAUUGCCACGCCAAUGAUGAUCAACCAUCCAAAGGACAUCCACCCGAUGGAAGCCAACCAUCUGGCGGAGCCCGAGCCAACUGCAAAAGACAUUCUGCAGGCCACCCGGGACCCUGGAAGCAAGUUUGACCUCCUCGCUACAAAUGAGCGGGUGGAUGCAUUGGAUGCCAAGGUCAUUUUAGUGGAGGAAGUCUUUGGCCACCGGCUGGCAACGUUGGAGCAACGCAUGAAUUCCUCCGAUGCACAAUGGAAGGCGAUGUCAUCAUCGGUCGGACAUUUGACAAAUUGUCUCCGGGACCACAAAGACGACCUGGAAGCCCACAGACCUCGUGUGAACACCACUGCCUAUGCACCUCCACAGCACCCGACUGCUCAGCUUCCAGCAUGGCUCCAUGUACUGGUGGUGUCGAUGAUCUGGGUAUCUCCACAGUCGGCAGACGGUGGACGCAUGCAUGGGACCCAUCUGUCGCGACAGAUGGGUUAUCCUCUGGAUACCCCCGUUCUUCGGGAAGCUUCAAUUGAAUCCUCUUGA